UCCGUCACCUCGUAGCGGAGAUUUUCACGUAUUUUAGCGCGUCGGAAGCAGAGAACGAGUUGUUGUUUUUAAGAAAACAACAAGGCUGUAGCUUUUUGAGUGCCUUGCCGCAAUUCCGAAGAGGUGUGUUGUGUUUCUAAAUGACACUCGGAUCAGGAGUUACUGAGGAGGAAAAGUCGAAUCUGUGAAUAUCAGCCACGUCCGUCUCUUUUCCAGGGAGGCAAGGCCACUGUAAACAAACACGGGACCGGAAGCAUGCAUGGUUUUAUUGUGAAAGUCUCGACCGGAAGUAAUCUGCUGCCUGCGUCCAGCAGCUUGAGGCCGUUUUGGGAUCCAUGCAGGCUGAAGGGGAAAACUGUAGGAUUUGGGCCUCAUCUGGGAAACGGGUCGUUUAGAACCGGACCGAGAGAACCCCUCGUGGAACCUGGACCGGAACACCGCAAGACCGAGACCACACCGUUUCUGGGUCCCCCGCUGCGGAUUGAAGCCUCUCUGGACCAGCUAUGGAUCAGCUGUCAGACGACGAGGUGGAGGUAAGGGGCGAGGAAGUUGCGGAGGAAGACAGUGAUAAGGAGGACCAGGACCUGGAUAAGAUGUUUGGAGCUUGGCUGGGAGAGCUCAACAAACUCACUCAGAGUCUGGACGAUGGUCGCACAGAAUGCCCUCAACAGAAUCGAGCCCCCCUCAGAAGAGAGACCAACAUGGCCAACUUCUACAGGUUCUCCAUCUACAAUAUUAAUGAGGCUCUGAAUCAGGGAGAGAAUGUGGACCUGGAUUCGUUGAUGGCUGAUUUGUCCUCCAUUGAGCAGGAGCUCAGCACCAUCAGCACUAAUUCUAGCAGCAUGACUCAAUUAGGACCAACUGACUCCAAGGUCAGCCAGAAGUCUCCAGCUGGGUGCAGCAGCAGGACACAGGCAGUAAAGGGCUCUGAUGGAGGUGGAGGCACUAGCAGGUCCAGUAGCAUCAGCAGCACCAGAGCAUCUCCGGCUGGUACCAUCAGAACCCCUAGUGGACAACAGGGAAGGCACCCGCUGGCUUCUAACUGCAGCCUGGAUGACAUCACUGCUCAGCUAGAGAAGGCCUCUCUUAGUAUGGACAAAGCUGCUCGUCAGCGCCCCUCCCACUCUCUUAGCUCCACCUCCUCUUUCACAUCAGCCUCAGUGCGACAGCCAGGAUCGUCUCAGCGCCAACACAGACGCACUGGAUCGGUGGGCACGGUCAGCGAACAUGAGGUGUGCUCUAUCAUCCACUCCACCAGAACUUCUGUCAGCUCUGCUUCUGGUGUUUCUGUUAACUCUGCCUGCUCCAUGGACUCCCUAGACAGCGUCCUCCGCUCUUAUGCUGAUGGGCUGCAAACCUCAGGUCAAGGAGCCAAUCAGACUCAUCACAAUACAGAGCACUCCUAUCUGGACAACGAGACCUCUCUGAUUCUAAGGAACAUUGCAGGAAAACCUUCUCACCUGUUGACCAAGGAGGAGCAAGCCGCAAAGAUGAAGGCAGAGAAGAUCAGAGUGGCCUUAGAAAAGAUCAAGGAGGCCCAGGUGAAGAAGCUGGUAAUUCGAGUUCAUUUGUCUGAUGAGAGCUCCAAAACCAUGAUGGUGGAUGAAAGACAGACAGUCCGGCAGGUUCUGGACAGUCUUCUGGACAAGUCUCACUGUGGCUACAGUCCAGACUGGUCCCUGGUGGAAACCAUCAGUGAGCUGCAAAUGGAGCGUAUCUAUGAGGACCAUGAGAACCUAGUGGAGAACCUGCUGAACUGGACCAGAGACAGCCACAAUCGUCUGAUGUUCACAGAGCGUACAGAGAAGUACGCUGUGUUUAAAAACCCCCAGAACUAUCUCCUGGGAAGGAAGGACACUUGUGAGAUGUCUGAGAGGAACAAAGAGGCUCUAUUAGAGGAGUGCUUUGGAGGCAGCUCAGUGUCCGUCCCUGAGAUGGAAGGAGUCCUGUGGCUGAAGGAGGACAGCAAGAAGUCCUGGAAGAAGCGCUACUUUCUACUCAGGGCGUCUGGUAUCUACUAUGUCCCUAAGAGCAAGGGCAAGGCCUCCAGAGACCUGGUUUGUUUCCUCCAGCUGGAUCAUGUUAACGUGUACCUGGGUCAGGAUUACAAGGACAAAUACAAGGCUCCUACAGACCACUGCAUGGUGCUGAAGUACCCUCAGAUACAGAAGAAGUCCCAGUACAUUAAGUAUCUGUGUUGUGACGACCUCAGAACACUCCAGCAGUGGAUCAACAGCAUUCGUAUUGCUAAGUACGGGAAGCAGCUGUAUAUCAACUUCCAGGAUGCAAUGAAGAGGGCAGAGGCAACCGACGACUGGUCCUCCCUCUCUUCCACCUCCAUCAAGUCAGCAUCCAGCUCCUCCAGCCUUCCAGAGUCCCAGUCCUGCCAGUCAGAUAGUGGAGUCUCUGAGAUGACGUCAUCAGGACACAUCCGCUCCCAGAGAGCGGUUAGCUCCACCUUCUCAGAAGCUUGGAGGAAAGGAACACAGGGAGAGAUGAUGAAGAUUGACCCAAUUAGUCGGCCCAUCCAUGUCCAGAUACCCACACUGUCCCCUCAGCCCCAGCCCCAGACUCGGCCCUUCCACACCAGCUACAUGGAUGGUCUGGUUCCCUUGGAAGACUCCUCUCCAUCUUCACCUUCACCCCCCCGUUCUUCCACCCCAGUGACAACAAUGCCCCCCUCCUCAACUCUGAGCUACAGCACUCUGGCUCAGCUACAGGACCAGAACCAGUCCAAGACACAGGAAUCGGGAGGGGCAGGUCAGAAGCAAUAUGCCACCCAGCCAGUGCCAGCUUCUAGCUCAGCCAUGGUCUCACAGAAGUUCAGAACACCAAGUCCCACUGCUCUGCCAUCACCGCCUCCACUGGAGGAGGAGGUGCUUCUCCCACCUCCUCCUCCAGAGAGCCCUGAAGCCAAUGGGCUUCUGCCUCAUCCUCCCUCUCCAAACUCACUCCUUAACGUGCACCCUCAGCUCUCCAACGCCGGCCUCCAGCAGUUCCUGGCUGAGAAGUUUCCCAACAUGGUGUAUGAUUUUAGCCCAGCAGGACCCAAUGAUGAUUCCCUCCCACUUCCUCCCCCUCCCACUGAUUUAUCUCCCCCUGCCUCUCUUCAACCUCUGUCUCCUAAUGCAUCUUCACCUGCUGCUCCUAAAACCUUCAUUGGUAGCUUUCCCCCACAAACUGCCCCCAAGCUAUCAGGCCCCUCCUCCCUCCCCUUUGCCCUGUCCCCCAUGUCCCCCACUCAGCCCCCCUUGGGACAUGGACACAUGAAAAAGCAGCAGAGCUUCUCAACUGGACACUCACCAAAUCAACCUCCCCCCACGCUGCCCAAGCAGCACAGCCUCUCCUCCAGGAACCUCUCCGUCUCCCCCACAUCCUCUUCACCUGUCUCCUUUACAGCUGCUACCUCUUCUUUGGUCAAAAAGAUUGUCAAUCAGUUUCCAGGGAGCUCCUCCUCUCAGUCUGCUUCAUCUGCUCCUCAGUCACCCCCUGCGGUUAAGGUUAAACCAAAGUGGCAGCCAGGUACUGUCAUGCCUUUGCAGUCUCCAGAGUUCCCUCCACCCCCUCCUGAGGAAUCCCUUGGAGAUUUUCCUUCUCCUCCUUCAUCCUCUUCCUCUAAGACAGGUUCCCCUAUAAAGAAGUCCCCCUCCAGCCUAUCCACAGGAUCCACCAAGUGGGGGCCCCCACUGACACCACAGAAAGCCUCCUACAUCAGAGACAUCCAGGAUGAAAAGCCUAAGAAGGUGGAAAGCCUGCUCAGUAAGUUUGGCCAACCUCCUCAGACAGGAACCUCAUCAAGUUCCUCCUCUGCAACCGGCUCUCCUUCGAAAGACUCCACGCUCCCGGCUCCUCUACCAAAACCAGGAAAACUGAACUUAGCCAAUCUGCCUCUGGUGUUGCAGGGCCUGCAGACAAGCCAGUCAGUGCCCCCCCCACCCCCUCCUCAUCCUCGACUUGACUCGUCAUGUGACUUCUUCCCUCCUCCUCCUAGUGAAUUGGAACUCCUACCUCCUCCACCCGCCCCCUCAGAGUUUCAUCACCCUCCAAAGGUUGCCAUUGUGAAUCCUCAGCCUCAAAUGCUGCCGCCUCCACUGUCAGCAUCCUCCUUACCGUUGUCACGGAAACAAGGCUUGCUGAAAAAGGGGGCAAUUCCUUCACCAGUUGUAAACCAAUGGACCAGCAACGUGCCCCAGUAUGAUAACACAAUCUCACUGCCCCUCUCACCUCCACCUAUGUCCCAAACCCCACCUCCCUCCUUCUCCUCCACUGCUCCCCCCACCUCUCCUAAAUCACCAAAUCCAGCCUGUUUGGCAUUCAAGCCUCACUUUUUGGAAGACCUGAACCGCACCCUGAAGAGGAAGUCAGUGCUGCGUCAUGGCUCACUGACCUCUUCCUCUAAGAUGGAACCUGUUGGCACAAUGGACGACAUGGCACUCACCCCACCUCCUCCCCCCGAGCUUCUGCAGCAGCAGCAGCAAGGUCUCAGAGGUCAAUCUCACACGUUGUCACGCCACCAUCGUUCCCAUUCCGCUAAACACGGCAACAUCUCAGGCUAUGCAACUUUGCGGCGAGGCCCACCUCCAGCUCCUCCCAAGCGAGACCAAAGCACCAAACUGACCAGUGAGUGGUAGGAAAUGGAAGAACAGAGCUGACCAAUCAGGCCCACUCAUUUAUGCUGAAGAAAGUUCCUUUUUCCUGAGACUUAACGCUGUCCCGGAUUCCACGUUGCAGACGUUUCUGACUCUAAUCUCUUACUUGUUAUAAAACAAGCCCAACUCACCCGUUAGAUACGUGUUUAAAAAGCAAAUGCCGCCAAAACAACAAGCUACUCAAACAGCAUCAGACUGUUCAAGUGGAAGUGGUCUGGCAUGUAUGGGAGCUUCGUUAGAUCAUAAUCUGUACAGAUCACAUAUAGUGAUGGGGGGGGGG